CACACACUCACAAUGACCGUGCUCAUGGAAAGCGUUCCUUCUGCUGCUGCGCUGGGCCAGAAGUACGAAGAAUGGUGCCAAAGAAACAUGACAGAAGAGGAUCGCCGUAUCACGGAAGUACUAUGUUCAGCAGUGAACGUCGAAGAGCUCAAGUUGGCAGCUUCCCGAGCAGUCGGCGACCGUUGCACUGGAGCGCACAUGACUGGUCAAGGCGGUUUUAACCUGAUAUAUAUGCUCACUUUCGAGCAUUCAUCUGAUGUUGUUGCUCGAAUAAAUGGAAGCUUCAUCAAGCAAGAUAAAGAACAAAGUGACGACAUGAUUGCACACAGAAUCGAUUCCGAGGCUGCUACUUUAAAAUAUGUGCAGGCGGCAACAUCUAUCCCGGUGCCAAGAGUGUAUGCUGUUGAAAGCAGCUUGCACAAUCCCGUCAAAGCUCGCUAUACGUUACAAGAGAGGAUAUUGGGACGCAAUUUGGCAGAUGUCUGGCUCUUUCUGACAAUAGAACAACUCGACAUCGUGAUCCCGCAGGUGGCAAACAUCGAGGCUCAACUUUUACAGACCCGUUUUUCAGCCAUCGGCAGUCUCACGGAAGUGCACGAUGGUCAAAUAUCAGUGGGACCCUUGGGACUGUCGUGCACGCAUCCGCUCAACUUACAGCGCGAGUACGGCCCAUGGACGUCGUUUUUGGAUUGGCUGAAGGCAUACGUCGUGGCUGAGCUAGAAUCAUUGGAGAGCGAGCAAGACGAAUGGUUGUCUUUGCGUUCAAGGUGGAGGAUCAUCAAUAGAGACGCAGAGGCCUCUAUCCAGCCGAUACAGCACAUUGAUUACUUCAAGACAUACUACCAUCUGGUCAUCGACGGCAUGGAAAGCCUUGAUGCAUCGGGAUGUGACUCCCAAGAUUGCCUUGAGGAGAUGCCGUUUGUCCUCUGGCAUGAAGACAUUUCCUUGACCAACAUACUCGUCGCCUACGAUGAUCCGACCCGCAUUGUAGGCCUUGUAGAUUGGGAAGGCGCUUCCAUAGUUCCGCUCUGGGCGUGCUUUGGACAUGAACAGUCUUUCGAGCUGAUCGAGGGCGAUGACCUCAUCAGGCUGCAACGCCUGCGAGACUCUACACAUGAACGGCACCUUCCGAUGAUACGCUCAGCGAAAGAUCCAGGCUUCCCAUUUCAGUACCUCCAAUUCAUUGCGUCUUCCCGUGGGUCUGUAAUGCGGAGCGUGGAGGCAUCGAAGAGCUAUGCGAAGGAUUUCUUCGCCCGAUGUGGCACUCAAUACUCUCGUCAUUUUCAGAAACUUUUUGAUUUCGUAAAGAAAGGUUCUAUAUAAUCUUGCGCGCACCUAUUCUGUAAUGAAUUAGCACUUUCGACUGGCGUGCGGUCGCUUAGAACUGAUCAUUGAUACAAUAACUACCCAUGCA